AUGGGAAAACUCCAGCAGCCCGUGACACUUCAUUCCUUUACUCAUCGACAGUGCCUACUUAUACACUUUAAGUUUAAUCCUAAUUUCAGCUCUGUACGGUGGGUCACCACUACGGAAGACUUUUAUAGACAAACUAGGGACACUCCGAUAACCCGAGGCAGAAAUGGCAGAAAGUUGGACGCUCAAAAGAACUGUCGCCGUGUGACAUACAAUAAUCCUUCCUCGACAUCAUCAUCGACACCGUUCGUAUCUUCUAUGGGAUCUUUAGGUUUGGUUUCGAAGUCUUUGCCUGUGAACAAUAAAUCGUCUUGCCGGUCCACAGGUAUCAAUUUAGACACUGUUAAGGACAAAAAGACUGAGCCACUCUUAACCAUCUCUGAUCUACGACAACGCAUUAGCCAAGCAAUCAUCCGUUUUAAUCACUUUUCGGACUGCAACCCGGUGACUAAAACGAGGCCAGUACAAAUACAAGAUACCACUACACUAGAAGAAGCACUCUACUACAUAAAUAUCUUCGAUGUCAUCUUAUGCCGUCAUCAUGAGAAAGAAGUUCAACAGGAAUUAAAGAAACACAAGAGUGACCUCUCAAGUGGGGUUAGCAUGACAUCUUUAGGCACAGCGACGCGAACGCUGGCCGACUCUGGUUCUCGGUGGCCCUUUGGGGUGAAAGAAUGGAAGGAACAUUCACUCUCAACCACAGAUUCUAUGAGUGUGUCCUCGCCUUACGAGGCAACCGACAAAGAUUGGCAAUUAAUACAAACACAUGCAUUACUAUUAGAAUGGGUUACGCUAGCCGCUUCGCGUGCAUCCCGACGCGAAUUUAUGUUACGUCGGAAUGCUAUAUCCGAGGCACUUCUUUCUAAUUGCGUUUAUCUCGAACACAACGUAUGGCACAAUCGCCUUACAGAACUCUCCAUUGAAUGGGAUGCUGCCAUAACCGCUACGGCAACUGCAUCACAAAAUCAGGACAAUGUUCAGAUGAUCUCGUUAUGGCGUUUCAGCGUCCAUCGGUUCAAAUUAUUACACCGCCAACUUGCCCAGCAAGGAGCACAAGCGUACCUGCAGAUGCUUGUACUUCACGAUAGCGCGCCGCGUGAUAAAGAAGAGUGGCGACAGCUCUGUGAGCUUCUACUACCACUCCCACCUCCUUCCAUUUCUCAACAAAGUGGCAACCACAUGUUGAUUGGAGAUAAUAAUGCAGGCGUUACUGAUAACGGUAACUCUUUUCACAAAAGAAGAGAACCGCUCGGUGCCAUCGGGAGAAAUCCUGCGAAAAUGGAUACUUCUAAAGGAACUAGUACACAGCAACGCGUUGCGUAUCAUAUUGCACAAAUACCGCUGCUUCCAAGUGGAUUGCGGUCUCCCAUACACUUAUCUCGCCCAAACCCUCAUACCGAGACAUACACAACCAUGAUGGAAGGAAGUGUUCGAUAUGUCAGUGAUGAUCAUAAAAAUUUGAAAUUGCUGAGCAUUAAACUAAGUUGGAAGGAGGCGUAUGCUCUUCUAUGUUGGGGAUGGACUUUCUCAUGCACAGACAAUCAAGAAUGUUCAACAGAGUGGCCAAUGGUUGAAAAGAAUGAUGCCACCUCCAGCCCCAACGACACAUACCGAUCUGUACAUCUGUCAUCGUUGGAUGUGCUCCACGUAUUAACAAAGUAUGCUCAGGAAGCUGGCCUUCGUGAAGACAGUAUCAGAGAUGAAUCAGAAAGCUACAACGACUCUACCAUGACGUUUGAAAGGGAAAAAGAAGAUGAUAUCAGCGACGACAAUGACAGCACAGAAACGCUGCGGGGUACACUUUCACAAAUAUUUACACAUGCCAAGCGUCGAGGUCAAGACGCGCGAGUCGUAUCGUCUUUGAUCGCCCAGUGGGAACAAAGCCGAUCAAUAGAAAGGGUGCACGCUACUAUUGUGGCGUCAUGCGGCAUUGACUAUACCAUCUACGAUCGAAUAAGCAUCCACGGCAAGAAAGUGGUCACCUGGAAGGGAGAUCACGAAACAAUACCUGAGCACCAUGCAUCCGCAAGCGCGAAAAUCCACCAAAACAUACCAAAGGUAACUUCCGCGCUCCGCAGCGACCGCCCGUGCGUUUCUCACUGCAAAGACCUCAAUGAAUUGAUUCUCAAUCAAAUGUGGGAGGCUGUGGUAGGACACGUCAUCGAGGCUGCUCACCACGCCCUGACAAAAUCGACCAUUGAGAAAUGCGAACAUAACGUAGGUACUAAGACUCGGACUGGCGACUUUUCUGUUUGGUGUGAUCAGCAUUGGCUAGUGCUGGAUGAGUUUUUUGGAAACUCACUCCAAGGUGCCUCGAUGAGGGCCCUCUACGCCCACCCGUCGCGCAUGCUGCGGAUGUCGCUUCCAUCACAUCUAAUCAAUACGCCGAUGACGGACGCCGAGCAGCGACUCCUCCAGCACCCUUCCUCUAUAAAUCUGUUCAUGAAAACUUACUGUCGAUUAAGGCGUCGGAUGCAUUCUAUCAGAUGGAAAGAUAUCAAAGGAGGGAGCGCCAAAACGAUAAGGUGUGAAAAGGAGAAAACUGCAUUAAAUUUUUUGGAGAGAGCUACACAAGGAGAUUUGUGCAAUAACCUCCGAUCAAGUGUUCCACCAUCUUUUACUGUUGGCCUACGUCGCCGACUGUGGGUUCUUAGGCAACUUCCCUACCACAUUCCACGCUCCUUAGUUGUUUUCGCUCACCAAGGCCGAGGACUGGUACCCUUAAUUGAACGCAUUCCUCAGAAGGAGUUGCUUCCAUGGUUCCUUGUGUCAGUCAUCGGCCUGGCCACGCGACUUUCUCUUUCACAUACGACGAGUGAAAAAUAUAAUACGUCGACUGACUUUUCUACUAUGCCGUGGGUAAAACUUCUACGCCGAGCACGGCAGUGUGUGGCGCCGACCCUAUGGGGCCAACCACUGCCAAACUACGCAGCGUUCGCAGAUUUCUGCAGUAUGGCAUUGAUCGAACUUGGCAGUCAGGCAUCCGCCACGGCGUUGAGAGUGGACUUGAUUGGUGGCUUUGUCAAUGGAGAUCCAUUCACUGCCUCCGCUGAACGCUUUAUGAUGCGAAACACCGGUAAUGCUGAUCCAGGCUGGCGUAAAGCACCCUUUACUUUAUCAACUGCGGUAGAAGUGCUACUUCGACCACCAUCUGCAGCCGCUCUUCAGAUGCUGCUUCUUGCACCAUCUCAUCACCAGCGCGCGAAUAGGACAUCCGACGUCUUUUGCACGGCAUCUUCAUCAAACCACAACCCCGGUAGUAAUGCGUCCAGUGAAAACUUAAAAUGGUUAGCAAAUGCUGUAAUGCAAAGCCACACGGCCUGGGAGCAAUGGAAAAGAGCCACGCCGAAUGAAGAUGUCAAUCUUGAAUCUCAUCCUAUGGCAGCGGCGGUGAGUCAAAUCUGGACCGAAGUUGACGACGACGAGCUUGGUUCAUGGCAAAAAAUGGGACUUCUCUACGUCCUCCCCGCAGAAGUCCAACAACUCGUGAAGAAGAACUUUGCUUUAGCGUCCAUAUCAUGUGAACUUGGAACGGUUGACAAGCAAGUUCGAGAAAUCAUUAAUGAGAAUAAUCCUAACGGUGUUCCACCUGGUUACCACUGUAUAAAUUCGAGAGCGUUUUCAUUCCUUAUCAAACAGUUGGCCUCUUUGCGCAAUUACCACGUAUCACUUUAUCUUGAAACCUUGGCGCUGACGGACGCGACGCUGGUGCAGCUUCUUGAUAUUGUUGGGACGCAUUUGUCGAACGAUGGACCGGCGGUACUGGCGCCAGAGGCGGCAGCUGCACUCACUUCCGCAUUUCUAAUGCACCUCCUCCCUCUCUCGGUUCGUCAGGGCAAGGACAAAGACACAAAUAGCGAUCAUACUUCAUUGUGGGCUACUGCGCUAGUGGAGGCUUUUGGUGGGGGGUUCUUCUUUGUUGUUCCGGCUGAUAGAGCCUACGCAGUUCAGUCAUAUUUCAAGGCACUCUACCAUCCCUCCUUCCUGUUAGAAGUGAGAACGGCAAUCCAAGAAGACCGCAUUAACCCAGAGAAAAGGACGGACAUCGUUGAGGAGCCACUUCACGGGGCCGCGGCAUUACUCGCCUGCCGCUCACUCCGUAUUAUGAGCAAAUAUCCUACUAGCGCAACCGAGGCGUGGUUUCCUAGUCCUGAUCAGAUUCUUCGUAAUUGCGAUGACAGUACGAUACCUCGCUCGCUGCGAUUGCGCGUCAUGUACGUUGACAUCAUCAGGGCUGUUCAAUAUUUUAUGGCGAAAUCCAAUCACCCGGCGGCGCUAUCCAGCCCUCCAACCCGAGCGGUGGACCAGCGGUAUGAUGAACUCCACCCCACAGGCAAGUCAUCACGCGAAAAAGGUGGGGAAGUGGAUGUCGUCAGUCUCAUAAGUGCACCAGGAAUGCUACAGUAUGGACUCUGUGCGGUAUCUAAGCCCUCUGGGAUGUCCACAACCCUGCACGCCGCUUUCCCAUCCUUGGUAUCACCCCACCUCAUGGCCCUUUUGCCAUGGCAGGGUGGGAUAAAAAUGCCCCACACUAAAGCCUCGGAAAUCCGCACGCCUCGGCCUCAGUUUGAAGUUCCCGUGGAAAUAAAGCCAACCCCGGCGUGGUUUACGGAAGUAUCGGUUAAUGAAGCUGCAGUACAUCAUCAACACGGCCUUAUUAAUCGUAUUGAUGUAGGAACAAGUGGAGUGGUGCUUUUAACGCGGGAUACAGCGAGCCUGCAUUAUAGCUGCUACGCCACAGGCACUCAGCGGCGGUCUCGGAAGUUCUACCGCGCACUUAUUCAAUCCGUUUUGCCCGAUCUCGACGAGGUGGAGAUAAUUCGUCAAAAGAACGCGGCUUCACGGUCACGAGUAGUGAAAUCUCAUGGGUAUGGGUUCCUUCCCUCGCGUGGUAUUAUCACAGGUGCCGUUUACACCAAUGCGAGCUGUCGAAAAGAACGACAAAGGACUCCUCGAUUCACACCCAACGACGAAGAAGGGACCUUCUUAGACAACAACGAAAGUGGUGACUACACGGGCAAUAUUACAUCGAACUCACGGAAUACACAUUCCCUUUGGUAUUUCAACAAUUUAGUACGGAAUUCCGUUCCUGAUGACCGGCGCUCCGCCAUUACUCGAUACCGUGUGUUGGAGCGCUUUCCCACGUUUGGAGUGUCCUACGUCGAAGCUGAAAUCAUAACAGGUCGGCGGCACCAAGUGCGGCAACACUUCGCUCAGAUUCACCAUCCACUCUUGGGUGACGACCGCUUUCAUCCGGCCUACAUCCGGAAAGAAACACAUGUGAAUGAGUCCUUUUUGAGGUCCAAAACAAAGGGAGCAACUGACCUCUUGAGGAUCAUACCAAGGCUCGCGCUGCAUGCACAUAUAGUGGAUAUUAUCGGUAAUGAAGCUGGCAGUCGUGCAGUCGUUGAAUGUGUACUUCCUGCUGAUAUGCAGCAUGCCCUAGCGUGGCUUCGCUGUAGAAGCUAA